CAAUUGGUUUGAUCUUGGUCAGUACUGAGCGGAAAGAUCCCUCAGUUUGUCAAAAUGAAGACUCCAAUGUUAUUGUUGUUCCUGUAUAUUCUCUUUGUAGGAUGUGAGUGUGAUUAUAUAUUCCAAACUAAAUAUACCGAUGUUCCUGUCGAUCAUUUCAGUUACACCAACAAUCACACGUUCAAGUUGAAGUAUCUAAUCAAUGAUGGCAACUGGUCAGACAAUGGUCCUAUUUUCUUCUAUACUGGCAACGAAGGAAGUAUCGAACUAUUCGCAGAAAAUUCAGGAUUCAUCAUGGAAUUGGCGCCAAAAUUCAAUGCUCUUGUCGUAUUUUGUGAGCACAGAUAUUAUGGCACAUCUUUACCAUUUGGAAAUUUGUCCUAUACUAAACCAGAGUACGUAGGUUAUCUAUCAUCGGAGCAAGCCUUACAUGACUUCGUAGACGUUAUUGAUGUUUUGCAAAAAUCAAAAUAUGGUUCGAACGGACCUCUGCCCGUUAUAGCAUUCGGUGGAUCUUAUGGCGGAAUGUUGGCAGCUUGGAUAAGGCUGAAAUAUCCUGCAUCAGUCCUUGGUGCCAUAGCUGCUUCAGCCCCAAUUCUUCAGUUCACCGAUUUAACACCAUGUGGGAUCUUCAACAACAUUGUGACUUACGUUUAUGCCUCAACAAGCGAUUCCAAAUGUUCUGAUGCUGUCAAGCUAUUCUGGCCAUCUGUAAGGAGAGUUACGAAAACACCUGAAGGAAAGGCUUGGCUCAGUUCAGAAUGGAAAUUAUGUAAAAACAUAACCAAAGACGAAGACGUAGAGAACUUUAUAGACGAUAUAUCCAACGCUCUCGUGAAUUUGGCCAUGGCCAACUAUCCAUAUCCUAGCACAUUCUUAGGUGACUUACCAGCUUUUCCUGUAAAUGCUAUUUGCACAAAACUCAAGGGAUUUAAGAAUUGCGCACAAGACGAUAAGAAAUUCUUAAGUUUCUUUGGCAACGCUAUGAAUAUUUAUACAAACUAUAGUGGAAAAGCCAAAUGCAAUGAUUUUGGUGACGUAGACGGUUUGAGCACUAGUGGUUGGGACUAUCAGAGCUGCACAGAGAUGGUGAUGCCCAUGUGUUCUGAGUCAACAGACAUGUUUGAAAAUUCUGCUUGGAAUUUCGACAAAUAUGCAGCGGGUUGUUUAAAGAGAUGGGGAGUCAAGCCACGGAACCCCAGCGAAGUGAUUCUACAAUACGGGGGGAAAAAUCUAAAAGCUGCAUCGAACAUUGUUUUCAGCAAUGGCCUUCUAGAUCCUUGGUCUGGUGGUGGUGUGUUGAGCAAUAUCUCAAAAACUGUUUCAGCCAUAGUGAUUCCAGAGGGUGCGCACCAUCUGGAUUUGAGAUCUUCAAAUCCUGCAGAUCCUCCUUCCGUGAGGAAAGCUAGAAAGUUCCAUUCCGACAGUAUUCAUAAAUGGCUGAAGAAAUAUUAUCAAGAAAGAAUGUAUGACGAACGUCUUUUGGUCAACCUUUUGAUGAAAUAGUGGUACAGUCGUCCCUUACUAUACGAAGAAAAGACAGUGCAAGACAAGUUAAAGAUCCACAAAAAAUAACUUCGUCCUAACUAGGGAAUAAAUUUUAAGAAAAAUGCUAUUUUUAUUGUUCAUAUUUUUUAUUUAAACAAUGCAUUAUGAAAUUAAAAUACAAGAAUAAUUUCAUA